AUGUCGCUCGAUGCCGGUGGUGCGAUCGCGUUGAGGUGCUGCAGUGAGCAACGCUGUUGCGCCACGCCGACGGUAUCUUCUCCUCCCGUCGCCGGCGCCAAUGGAACAAAGCCCUUUGAAGAAAACCCAGAAGAAAAUCGUGUAGCAGAAAGCCUUUCUAGCGAGCUUCUGAAAGACCCAGAUUCAGAACCUCUUCCUUUGCCACAAAGACUUGACCUUUCAUUCUCUCACAUUACUGUCACCCCCUCUUUGAUCCUCAAUACUCUUAAUAUCUCCCCUGAUGCUGGCCGCGGCAUCAUUGAUUUACUCAAAUGGGCAAAGUCGAGGAUUGGUUUCAAGCCCACCGAUGAGGUUUACUCUUAUUUUGUUGAUUUCUUUGGAAGAAGGAAGGAUUUUAAGGCUACCCAUGAAGUGCUGGUCAAUGGCCAUGGAAUAGCUGGGUCGAAAUGUCUGGAGGCCCUAGUAGACAGGCUUGUUCGGGCUGGUAGACCAGCACAAACUGUGGCAUUGUUUGAGAGUAUGGAGAAGGAUCAUGGGUUUUUGAGAAGUAUGGAUUCUUUGAAGUUGAUUGUUUCGAGUCUUUGUGAGCAUGGAUAUGCGAGUUAUGCUGAAAAAAUGGUUAAGAGUUUGUCGAGUGAGUUCUUCCCGGAUGAGUACAUUUGUGAUGUUUUGAUUAAAGGCUGGUGUGUUGAUGGGAAAUUGGAUGAAGCAAAAAGAUUGGCCAGUGAGAUGUAUCGUGGAGGGUUUGAGAUAGGUACACUUGCUUACAAUGCAAUUUUAGAUUGCGUUUGUCAGUUGUGUAGGAAAAAGGAUCCGUUUAGGCUUCAAUCUGAAGUGGAGAAUGUGUUGAUCGAGAUGGAAAGACAUGGUGUUCCUCGCAAUGUGGAGACAUUCAAUGUGUUGAUUACCAAUUUAUGUAAGAUUAGGAAAACCGAGGAUGCAAUGAAACUGUUUUAUAGGAUGGGGGAAUGGGGGUGUUACCCAAACGAAACUACAUUUCUUGUGCUCACGAAGAGUUUAUAUCAGGCAGCUAGGGUGGGGGAAGGUGAUGAGAUGAUUGAUAGAACGAAAUCUGCUGGAUAUGGGGAUGCAUUGGAUAAGAAGGCAUAUUAUGAGUUUUUGAAGAUAUUGUGUGGGAUCGAGAGGAUUGAUCAUGCUAUGAGUGUUUUUGCGAAAAUGAAAGAGGAUGGGUGCAAACCGGGGGUUAAGACUUACGACUUGUUAAUGGGAAAGUUGUGCGCGUAUGGACGUGUAGAUAAAGCUAAUGCACUUUAUAAAGAAGCCGAGAGUAGUGGGGUAGCUGUGGAGCCGAAGGAAUAUAAGGUAGAUCCUAGGUUUGUGAAGAAAAAGCCUACUGCAGUGAAGAAGGAGAAGAAAAGGGAGACACUGCCCGAGAAGAUGGCCAGGAAGAGAAGAACUCUUAAAAAGCUAAGGUUAAGUUUUGUGAAGAAGCCAAAGCGGAUGAUGAGACGAUCUUAUUGA